AAAGGAAAUGACGUCAGCAUUGACAAGGUAACCACGUCGCAAUGUAGCGAGUCCCUCCAGAUGUCUGGUUUGGUAGUCGCUUUAGGAAUCAAACGCGGAGCUCCAAUAACAAUGGCCAUUACCAAACUCUUCAAUUUCUCUAUCGAUUCUUCACACAACAACAUUCCUCUUUCUUCCCCCCUUUUUUUCCUCGUUUUCGAUUUCCUCGUCUCGUCUCUUCUUUCUGUUGUCUUCUUCUUCGUUUUCUCACGCCAUUCCCCCCAAAAAAAGAAACAUCUCUUUUAUCUCUCUCUCUCUCUCUCUUCGUCGUCCUUGGCCUAUACUACAUUGAAAUCCGAUAAGUUCUGAAAGAAACCCAACACAGUAAAUGCGGCUUCGCGAUCUAAGCUAUGGAGGAACGAAUGAGAAAAAACAUAGAAUCCAACAAUAAAAUGUGAGAAAAGAGACAGAGAAAGAAAGGAAAAAAAAGUGAAAUUUGGAAGAAAGAAGAAGAGAGAAAUGUCGGUAGCACACGCAGAUGACGCCGACGAUUACAGCAGACCAACGGGAGAGAGUUACCACGCCGAGAAAGCAUUACCAAGCGGUGAUUUCUACACAGGACAAUGGCGAGACAAUCUCCCUCACGGUCAUGGCAAAUACCUUUGGACCGAUGGUUGUAUGUAUGUCGGAGAUUGGCACCGAGGCAAAACCAUGGGCAAAGGUCGUUUUAGUUGGCCUAGUGGUGCCACCUACGAAGGCGAUUUCAAAAACGGCUACAUGGACGGCAAAGGUACUUACAUUGAUUCCUCUGGAGAUUUAUAUAGAGGAUCAUGGGUGAUGAAUCUGAGACAUGGGCAAGGAACGAAAAGUUACGUCAACGGAGAUUGCUACGAUGGAGAAUGGAGAAGAGGUUUACAAGAUGGACAUGGGAGGUAUCAAUGGAAGAACGAGAAUCAUUACAUUGGACAAUGGAAGAAUGGUUUGAUGAAUGGUAACGGGACGAUGAUAUGGAGCAACGGGAACCGUUACGAUGGGUCUUGGGAAGACGGAGCUCCUAAAGGCAAUGGAACUUUCCGAUGGUCGGAUGGGAGUUUCUACGUUGGAGUUUGGAGUAAAGAUCCUAAAGAACAGAACGGGACUUAUUACCCUUCGACUUCUUCCGGGAAUUUUGAUUGGCAACCACAACAAGUGUUUUAUGUUGAUUUGAGUGAAUGUGUGGUUUGUACUUGUCAGAGAAUCCCGGUUUUGCCGUCUCAGAAGAUGCCGGUUUGGUACGGUGCUUCUGAGCAGAGUAGUAGUGGGAACAGGACGAAGAACAGUGAGAGGCCGAGGAGGAGAUCUGUUGAUGGAAGAGUAAGUAAUGGUGAAAUGGAAUUGAGGAGUAAUGGUUCUGGUUAUCUUCAGGUAGAUGAUAAUGCUGAGAGUACUAGAUCAUCACUAGGGCCUUUGAGAAUACAACCUGCUAAGAAACAAGGACAAACUAUCUCUAAAGGUCAUAAGAAUUAUGAACUCAUGCUUAACUUGCAGCUUGGAAUUAGACAUUCUGUUGGAAGACCAGCACCAGCUACUUCUCUUGAUUUGAAGGCUUCAGCUUUUGAUCCAAAGGAGAAACUUUGGACGAAGUUUCCAUCUGAAGGGUCUAAAUACACUCCUCCACACCAGUCUUGUGAGUUUAAAUGGAAGGAUUAUUGUCCUGUGGUUUUCAGGACUCUGCGGAAACUAUUUAGUGUGGACGCAGCAGAUUAUAUGUUAUCGAUUUGUGGGAAUGAUGCUCUUAGGGAGCUAUCAUCUCCAGGGAAAAGUGGAAGCUUUUUCUACUUGACCAACGAUGACCGCUACAUGAUCAAGACUAUGAAGAAGGCAGAAACCAAAGUUCUUAUAAGGAUGCUUCCGGCUUACUACAAUCAUGUCAGGGCGUGUGAAAACACUCUAGUUACCAAGUUCUUCGGUCUUCAUUGCGUGAAAUUAACUGGCACUGCACAGAAAAAGGUUCGAUUUGUGAUAAUGGGUAAUCUUUUCUGUACUGGUCACUCCAUCCAUAGGCGGUUUGACCUCAAAGGAUCCUCUCAUGGCCGUCUUACUACUAAACCAGAGUCCGAAAUCGAUCCAAACACGACGCUUAAAGAUCUUGAUCUAAAUUUUGCAUUCCGAUUGCAAAAGAACUGGUUCCAAGAAUUCUGCAGGCAAGUGGACAGAGACUGUGAAUUCCUUGAACAAGAGAGGAUUAUGGAUUAUAGUCUCUUGGUUGGUCUUCACUUUCGAGAAGCUGCUAUCAAGGACUCUGCCACUCCUACUUCCGGCGCUCGAACCCCUACCGGUAAAAUCUUGUCAAAUCUUUAACUCAGUUUUCAAAACUUCCAACUUAAAUCUUGAUCGAAGCAACUUCAUCAUCUACAAGCAGGAAAUUCAGAAACUCGUCUCUCCCGAGCAGAAAUGGACCGGUUUCUUCUCGAUGCCAGCAAGUAAAGAACCAAAAAUUCAAUGUUUAUAUCGAAAACUGUAAAGAAUGUUUUAUAACACAAGUGUGGUUCUUGAUGAUUUUUGCAGGCUAGCAUCAAUAAAAUUGGGUAUAAACAUGCCUGCAAGAGUUGAAAGAACAGCGAGAAGAAGUGACUGUGAGAAUCAGCUUGUUGGGGAUCCAACUGGUGAAUUUUACGAUGUGAUAGUGUAUUUCGGUAUUAUAGACAUUCUCCAAGACUACGACAUAAGCAAGAAGCUUGAACAUGCCUACAAAUCAAUGCAGUAUGAUCCGACAUCGAUCUCAGCCGUUGAUCCGAAGCAAUACUCACGACGAUUCAGGGAUUUCAUCUUCAGGGUCUUCGUUGAAGACGCUUGAGAGAACAAUCAUCUAACUUGCACGCCAAGGCCCAACAAAGUUGAGGUUUUUCUUUUUGUUAGAAUUUUUUCCUUCUAUAUAGAAAUAUCUGUAAAUUUAUUAUGUUAUUUAACCAGUUCACCAAAGUAGAGAAAAAUUGAUUCUUUUGUAACUAAAGUUCAAUACUCUGCACCUUUUUGUUGUUGUUGUUGUUGUUAUUCUUUGUACUUCGUUUCUUCAAACGUGAAAGAAAGUAUGUGUACAGAUACGGUGACUUGUAUUUAUUAUUCACUACUUUCAUCCAA